GGGGCUGGCGGGCCUCGCGCGGAGGCGCUGAGGAGAUCGGAUCUUGGGGCUUCGGGAGGAGCUUUGGUGAGGCUGCGCUCGGAAUUGUGUGUUUGGAUCUGGGCCCAUAGUACUGGAGAGAUAUGGAUGUACCUGGGAGAAUCCAACGCAGGGCCACCGAAGUGCUGAAGGGACUGGGAAACUGCUCCUGUGAGGAGAGUCUGAGGGAGCUGGGCCUACUCAGCCUGAAGGAGAUGAGAUGAGGCCCGGGGGGUCUCAUCACUGUGUAUAAAUACUUGAAAGAAGAUGAAAGAAGGCAGAGCUGCGCUUUCAUCACGGCUACCCAGAGCCAGGCCCAGAGGCAAUUUGUGUGAAUGAAUACCUGAGGUUCCCCCUGCCCAUCCGCAGCACUGCUGUGCUGUGAUGUGACAGACACUGAGACCACAGGCUGUGUGGUUUCCUGCAUGCAGAUCUUCAAAGCUGCCUGGACGUGCAGCUGGGCACCAGCUCACGGUGUCUCAGGGCAGAGCACUCAGAGGCCCCUUCAAAUCUCAGCCAUUCUGUGAGGAGCAGAGGAGGACAAAGCUGUGACCAGGCAGUGUGUACCCAUCCUGGCAGAGGCUCUGGCAUCCCUGGGGCACUGCAGUUCGUUCAUUCUACCAAUUAACGAACUGCCUGGAAGCCAGCACCUCCACUGUGCUGUCCUGAGAAGGUUCUGCCAGCAGAUGGUUUGCAGUAGAGAAGGAAGGCAGAUCUUACUCUUGAAGGCAAUGAGGGACGGAACAAUUAGGAGUAAAGCACAUCAGGACAGGCCUAGAUAUAAAGCACAGAUGACAGCACAGAUCGAGGCUAAAAGUGGAGAAAGAGUGUCAGAAUCCUGCACGAGCUCAGCUUCCAGCUUCACGUCAGACCCAGCGCUGCUUGUGCGGCCCUUGGAGCGGGAGCCGGCAGUGGCCCAGAUGCUGCGCGUCAUGCAGUUCCUGUCGCGGAUCGAGGAAGGCGAGAACCUAGAUUGCACCUUUGAUAAAGAUACGGAGCUCACUCCUCUUGAGUCAGCAAUUGGAAUCCUGCAGCUGAUUGCAAAAGAAUUCAGUGUGCCUGAAAAGAAGAUAGAAUUCAUCCACAAAGUACUGAAGGAAGCUGCAGUUAUUGUCUGCAUAAAAAACAAGGAGUUUGAUAAAGCUUUGGCAGUUUUGAGGAGACAUAUGGAGAAGGAUACUGGAAACCAGAAAAAGAGGACAGAGCUGCAGACUAUCAUCAGGGAGAAGAAUCGUGCUCAUCCAAUAGUCAAAGAUUUCUCAUACGUAAACUUCCAGCAGAGUAUGUUUCAGUUCCUGAAGGCCUACGUGGAUACCUCAGAGCCUCUGCUAGUAACGAUGAUGAAGAAUUCAUCAUGCCUGAAUUCAGAAUGUGCUGAAGAACCAAAGCGCUCAUCGAUGAUUCCUGAGUCUCCAAGCAGGGCAGAGGACCAGGAAGAAGCUUCUGAGCCCUUAAGAAGGGUAAAGCACUCAGUGGGAACUCUAAGGCGUGCAGGAACUGCAAGAGAUGUGAGAGCUCCAAGCCCCCCUGAAAUGGCAAAGGACCCAACAGGAGCUCCAGAGCGUGUAGAUACCGUGGAAGAUGUGGUGAGAGCUCCCCACCCUGCUGAAAGUACGGAGGAUCCAGUGGGAGCUCCAAGAUGUGCAGAAACUGCAAGAGAUGUGGUGGGAGCUCCAAGUCCCUAUGAAAUGACAAAGGACCUGGUAGGAGCUCCAGAGUGUGCAGAAACAGCCAGAGAUGUGAGAGUGCCCAGCCCUGCUGAGAGCACAGAGGACCCAGUGGGCGCUCCAGGGCAUGCGGAAACAGCAAGAGAUGUGGUGAGAGCUCCCAGCCCUGCUGAAACAGCAAAGAACCUAGCAGGAGCUCCGGAGCAUGCAGAAACAGUGAAAGACACAGUGAGAGCUCCCAGCCCUGCUGAAAGGAGGAAGGUCCUGGUAGGAGCUCCAAAGCAUGCGGAAACAGCCAGAGAUGUGGUGAGAGAGCCCAGCCCUACUGAAAGGACAAAGGACACAGCAGGAGCUCCCACGCCUAUGAAAAGUGCUAGUUACUCAGCGGUUUCUGAGCCUAGAAUAGCAGCUGUUAAGAACUCGAAAAUUUUUUCUGUACCUAUGGAAAUAUCUGAACAACCAGCAGCUGCAGCUCCAGUGCAUGCAGGAGUGUCCUCCGGGGAUUUGGAAAGGAGGCCCUUUAGAACUGUAACCACGUACGGAAUUUCUGUUCUGAGAGAAGCUUUCAAGAUGCUGUCGGACUGCCCGGAUUCAGAUGCACUCUUCAGUGAACUGGAUGAAACAGACUUACCUUCCCCCCAGCAAAUGUCUCCUUCUGUAUCCCACAGAACCAAGAGACGGAAAGAAGAGAAGAAUCAAGGUUCUGAGACCUUAGACUCUCCUGAAAUAACCCAUAAGAGCAAACGUUUGUUCACCAUAAGCAAAUUGAUCUUGGACCAAGGCAGCCCUUGCAGCAAGUCAAGUGAAAGCCCAGACUCUUCCCAGGAACGAGUUGUAUCUUCUGCCUGUAGACUUGUUCAGGAAUUGCCUGACCAGCCUGUAUCUACUGAAAGAUCCUCUCAACCAAGGUGGAAUAGUUCCUAUUGUGAAGAAGGAAAAGACAGCUGGAGUGGUGAAGAUGAGCUCUUUGCAGAUGCAGCAUUCACUGAGACAAGCAGCAAUAACUCUACAGUCUAUGGUUCCAAGAAACAGAAGUGGACAGUACAGGAAAGUGAGUGGAUCAAAGAUGGAGUGAAGAAGUAUGGAGAAGGGAGGUGGAAGACCAUUUCUGAGAAAUACCCCUUCCAGAACCGCACAUCAGUGCAGAUCAAGGAUCGCUAUCGGACCAUGAAAAAGCUGGGAAUUGCCUAAAGUUGGGGACCACGGGAUCCUUAGUAUUAAAAUGUUCUUGCUCUUGAAAGGUUGAUCGUAGCAAUACUAGCAGCAAAGCUGCAGUGCACUUCCCUGGUGUGCGUGGUAAGCCCCUGUGUGUUGUCAUACCAGAGGCUGCUGCAGCAGGUGGUUCUUCUCAGAUGCGGUUUCUGAGGAGCCUUGUGUCUCGAGUUGUAGCUGCAAGGUUUAGGUCUUCUGCAGUUGGCAGAAGCUGCAGUUUGAUUGCAUGUGCUAGGAGAUGGCCUGGAUUGGGACUUCCUUUACCUACCUGACAACUGCAGCCAACGUGAUAGGCUGCUGAGAUGUCUUCUGUUUUGCCAUUUGACAAUAUCUGGGUUACCGUCAGUGGCUGUUUUUAUGUUUUAUUUGUCUAAACUGUUGGAGUUUUGCUUCAUCCAUUUGUACUCUCUCCUUUGGAGAGGCAAUGCAGUCCCACAAUUUCUGGGAAGAAGAAGUUUAGGCAAGGCAAUUUUUCUCCCAGAAAUAUUUUUGUGGAUGUCUAGCUGGCAGGUGGGACUCUCCCUCCUAGGUUUCUGAGACUUAAGCAACUUUCUUUUUUUUUAGUAAGUAAAUAUUGAUUGGUCCCAUGUUAAACAAUCCAGUGCUUAAUGAUGUUGAUUAUGACUUAUUGUCUCCUUCCUGGUAACAGCAUCCUGUCUGCAAUCGCUGCAAGCAUGUGAGCCCUGAGGGUACUGUUUCUUACCUUCAGGUUACUGAGCGGUAUCUUCUAUAAAAUAAAGUUCUUUUCUGAUGAGUUUCAA